ACAACAACAUGUGAGUUAACCUCAAAAAAUGGGGAAAAAUCACCGACACGCUAAAAAAUUAAAAUCAGAAAAAAGUAAGGUGAAAAUUAAAACCAAAACAAAGUUUCUACCAAAAGGCCAAAAUGUCACAAACACUGCGUUUAAAAUACGAUCGAUUGUGUUACAAGAACAGCUUAAAAAGAGACAAGUUGAGGGAUUAUUGAGCAAAAAGAAGGCAAAUAUCGAUGAACUUAUUUCAAAAUUAAAACACUACAAUGAAGCUGUGAAAGUGGAAGCAUGUACCGAUUUAAAAGACGUGAUCAUCUCCCACCCUUUAGAGGAAACACAAAUUUACUUAUCUCUGAUUUCACAAAAUGCCAGUGCUUUAAUACAAGACAGAGAACGGAAAGUACGUCGAAGUUCAGUAAAAUUACUACACGCAAUUGUUGAAAAAGUGUCGACAGCCACAAUUCGCCCUUUCUUUAAUUACUUUCUAACAAAUUUGAAGUGUGCAAUGACAAAUAUUAAUAAACACAUCCAGGAAGACUCUCUUCUUCUACUUGAUGCUCUUCUAGAACACCAAAAUCUCCUAAUAGCAGAAAAUUUCGAUACAAUUUUUCCAACUUUCCUCACUCUGAUAUCAAAAUCAAAAAAUAACUUGGGGACAGAAAGGAGUCUCAGUUUAAAUCUGGAAGGAAAAGUGUCGAGUGUUAAGUGGAGAAUCAAAGUUUUGACACGGCUUUAUGGUAUUUUGAAUGCUUUGACGCAAUGUAGGUCUGAGAAAAAUCAAGAUAAAGGUUUUGGAACUUUAAUACAAGUUAAAGGAAAUCCGUUUAUUCCACUUUAUAAAAACAUAAAUAAUUAUGAGGUUUGUGUUGGCAGCAGGACUAAUCAAGUGAGUCACGAGUUUGACACACAAAUCGCCAAUUUGACACAGCUUUUGCAUGAAAUUUGGAUCGAAGUUGUGCCCGAAAAAACAAAGAAAAAUGGCCUAGAACCAAUAGUCCUGGCCACUGAAGAAUCCGUAGCCGUUUUUAGUUGUAUUGUAAAUAUUUUACACUUGUUGCACGAAUAUUUACAAUUAUCGGGAAAUGUUGAACUCUUCUGUAAUAAUAAGUCAGUGAUAUUCCUUGAUCAUCUAUUAUCUAAUUUUCCAUACAUUCACAACAAAAGAAAUAAUUUUGAAAUUAUUAAAGAAUUUUCACGAUCUUUUGUCAUGAAUUGCGAUCCAAAUUGUACUGAAGAAAAUUUGAUUGUUAUUUAUGUUUUCCUAACUUUAAGAAUAAAUCUAAAUGCCAAGAAUAAGCCCAAAACACGUCACUUAGCGGUGUUUCUUAAUAACUGUCUCAAAUCCCCUCGCAAUUUCACUCCUAAAGCCUACGCGUAUUUAGUUAAAAUUUUAAAGGUGAUGUUUGUAAAACCAAUCAACAUGUGUCAAAGGUUGGGAAUAGCUGAAGUUGAAAUUAUGGAAAAUGUGGUAUCGUUUUACACCAAUAGAAAAAUUUCCGAUUUUUAUAAAAGUGAUCUUUUGGAAGUACUAACGUGUCCAAGAUUUGAAAAAUACCAACUGUGGACUGAAAAAUUACCCGAUUUUCUUUGUGCAAAUCAAGUUUCCGUAAAAUUAAUUGAUACUGUCUUGAAUUUGUGCAUGAAAGGACAAAAGGUUGUACAGGAUGGUGUGACAAAAUCGGUGAACCGGAUUUUGAGUAACAUGCGUACAAUGGAAAUUACAGAAGCAGCAAACCUUGAAAUUGCCCGAAAAAAUUUUGUUAGUAUUUUUUUCUAUUUACCUAAUCUGAGUACUCAAGAUAUCGAUGAAAUUAAUAAUUUUGUAAAAUCAAAUCCAGAUUGUACUUAUUCCAAACAUUUUGAAAAUGUUUUACAAUUGAGGACUUACUUGUUGAGUAAUAAAUAAUUUUUGUGUCGAGGUGAGGUUGAUUAAAGUAUAAAAAUUUU